UAAAGUUGACUUGACGUUUCAAUUUACCUAAAUGUAUGUAAUGUAGGUCUGUAGUUUGUGUUUUUGUACAAAGUUUUACACCUUGGCUGAUUCUAAUAAUUUACAAUCAAAAUGUCACCUCCAUCGGAAUUAAGUUUUGAAGAAAUAUUAAAAUAUAUGCUUUUGCAUAAUGGCAAGGUGACUAAUCACGAGUUAGUGAAACAUUUCAAAGUGUUUUUAAUGAAUCCUGAUAUGAGAGACGAAGCCAGGAGUACAUUUAAGAAACAUGUGAACACUCUAGCAAUAAUAAAAAAUCAAAACAAUGAGAAGUGGCUUAUACUUAAAAAGAAAUAUAUGCCAAGUAACGGUAAAGAUAACGAAGAUGCUAGUGAAAAAAUACCAGAUUCAGCCAACACGACUGCCACUGAAGCACCCGCAGAACCUGAAACUAACAUUACUGAAGAGCCACCCCAACGUCCACCACUGCCUUUGCAACUUAAUCAAGAUUUCAACAUAUUAUCUAAUCUCAUUCAAGAUACCUCUCAAGUUGUUAGUAAUGCUGGUCCCAUACCAGAAAAUGAGAGCUUUGGAUCCACUCCUAGUGAAGAUAUACCUCCCAAGGUAUACCCACGUAGACGGUCAUCGGAAAAGAGCAUUGAGAAAAGGUUAAGCACCCAGGAUCUACAGGGACAGAGUGCAUCAGUACCAUUUCAAGAUGAAACAACAUCUGAUCACUCAAUGUCACCAACUUUAACUUCCUCUAGAAGUGAGAGUAUGUUAGUUGACAGUGAACAAACCAUCUCAGUGAAGGAAAGAAAACAAAUGUUUAAUAGAAUGGCUUCGGAGAGUGACGUGUUGAAGACUAAACCGAGUGGCAACUUAAGCCAGGGUGUGGAUGAAGAAGACAGGGUUUCCUUAGAUCAAAAGAGUGAGACUGAUCCGUUAGACUCGAAGCAAAAGCAAUGGAUUCUAUGUGCUGCAAGAGGAGAUUAUCAUGCUUUGGCAAAGAUGUGCAAGGAGAAUGCUAAACUUGUUAAGACUAAGGAUCCGUUCACGGUAAGUUUUCUUCAAUUUCAAGAUUUUUGUUUCCAUAUUCAGUGCCAUGAACAAAGUAAAAUUUUCGGAAAAACUCAACAAAAGACAGAAGUAAGGUGUUCCAAUAAGUACAUUGAAACUAAAGCAUGA